AUGAGUGGGCCCUCAAAUGUACUCCUUUGGUUCAAACAUUCUACCCACAACAUCAAACAACUUAAUCAAAUCUUGGCUCAAACCAUCACAGCAGGGCUCAUCCGCACCAUACCCACAUGGAACUGCAUCAUCAGAGCCUAUGCCAAAAGCCCAGCACCCAUCCAAGCCAUUCUCAUGUACAAUCAUUUCAUGCAAUGCAGUUCUCUCCUUCCUGAUAAUCACACUUUCCCCGCUUUACUGAAAGCCUGCGGCCGCUUACUUUCUCUUCCAAAAGGCAAAGAAAUUCAUGGUUAUGUUGUAAAAGUGGGCCUCGAUUCUGAUGUUUAUAUACAGAAUUCUCUGAUACAUAUGUAUGGUGUCACAAUCCAGAUCCAUGAUUCGCGGCGACUGUUUGAUGGAAUGUCUCAAAGAGACAUAGUAACUUGGAAUUCAAUUCUAGCAGCCUACGUGGCGAAUCCUAGUUGGCAAGGUGAAGCACUGGUUUUAUAUAGGGAAAUGGUGUUUGAAGGAGUUGAAGCUGAUGAGAUCACUAUGGUGAUCCUGCUGUCGGCAUGCACACACUUGGGUGCCCUAGGCUAUGGAAGAAUGGUCCAUGUCUGUAUGUUGAAGAAGGGGUUUGUUUGUGUUUUGAAUUUGGAUAAUGCACUUUUGGGUUUUUAUGCCAAAAGCGAAGACAUGGAUGCUGUGUUUCGACUGUUUGGCAAGAUGGGUCCGAGAGAUGUAGUAUCAUACACUAUCGUGAUUAAUGGUUAUGUUGAAUUGGGCUUAGUAGAUGUUGCUCGCGAAAUUUUUGAUCGGAUUCCUUCCAAAGAUAUUGUCUUGUGGAAUUCCAUGAUAAGUGGGUAUGUGAAGGUCAAGCGACCGCAAGAGGCUUUAGAGCUCUUUCAUAAAAUGGAGAUGGAGAUGAUAAAACCAGACGAAAUGACUGUCGUUAGUGUCCUUUCAGCUUGCAGCAACUUAUCAAAUUUACAAUUUGGUCGUUGGGUUCAUCAGAUUAUGCAUCGAAUAGAUAUAAGAAUGGAUGUUUUUGUAGGAACAGCACUGGUUGAUAUGUAUGCAAAAUGCGGGAGUCUGGAGGAUGCGGUUCGCACAUUCUACAAAAUGAAAUAUAAAGAUGUCUUCACUUGGACUGCUGUAAUCGUAGGUCUUGCAAACUCCGGGCAUGGGAAGGAGGCUCUGAGCUUCUUUUCGCAGAUGCAAACAGAAGGCAUUGAGCCGACCGAGGUCACAUUCGUUGCUGUUUUAACAGCAUGCAGCCAUUCAGGACUAGUGGAUGAAGGCUGUUAUUGGUUUGAUCGAAUGGUGGGAGUUUAUAAGAUAAGGCCGAAGAUUGAGCACUUGGGAUGUAUAAUUGAUCUUUUGAGUAGAGCUGGGUUGCUAUGCCAAGCAGAGGGAUUGAUUAGAACUAUACCAGAUGAGGAUAGAAUGAUAAGUUACAAAACUCUUCUCAGUGCUUGUAUAAAAUAUGCUGAUAUUGGUAUUGGAGAAAAGGUAGCGAAGAAGCUGAUCGAGUUGGAUCCUCAGAGCCAUGGAGUUUACGUUCUGUUAUCGAACUUCUACUCUUUGGCAGGUCAAUGGGAAGAUGUCAUGGAGAUGAGAAGAAUCAUGAAGGAACUGGAUCUGAACAAGGAAGCUGGGAUUAGUUUUGUUGAGGUAUAA